AUCAGUUUUGAACCUCUCGUUCGCUCUUAUCCACUUUGCUGUCUUCUCCUACCUUCCGACUCCUUCCCGAUCUAGAUCCUCUUCUCCAGCUCCGAUCCGAUCGCUGGCGAAACCCAGCCGCCCCUAGGGCGUGACAAUCUCCCAGCUGCGCAGAUGCCAGUGGACACCAGCACUCCCCUGGAGGCUGACGACGAUUUGGAAUCUGGAUGCUGCACACACUGGCUGAAGCUUGCGGCGACUCAGAUGACCUGACGAGGCAAUAGAUGUUCCUGGUGACCGAAACUGGGAUUGGGAGACUACAGAGCACAUGCAGUGAAGGCAAUGUUGACAAGCAACUCUGUUGAGAUAGGCACCGCGUUUGCAUCCUGCAAGUAAACUUUGAACCGCAUAUUGGCAGCGUCAUCCAGCUUGUUCCAGCACACAGAAUCAAUCUACUCUCGCACGUCUAGACAGUGCUGGGUUGGUGGAUGCUGUAGACAGACAAUGAGAAAAGUGUAACCUCCUUUCCCCUCUCGCACGUCUCUCCUCACCUACUCUCUUCUUCCUCGAUUCCUCAUCUCCUCUAGUUCGGGCCGUGACAAAAUCCACGUCUAGACAGUGGGCAACAUCUAAAAUUCAUGAUCGUUGCAGAGGACUGCAGCUGAGCUUCUUAAGGUAAUCACUGCAGAGGACUGCAGUUGAGCUUCUUAAUGUAAUCGCUUCAGAGGACUGCAGCUGAGCUUUCUUCAGGAUGCUUUGAACCAAUCAUCCACACAGUGGCAUCUUUGAUUCAAAUAAAUCCCAUUGGAAUUCUGAGAAGUGGGCUUCUUUUAAAUGUUUUCGUAUAAGAACCUUUCUUUAUUCAAAGGAAUUAUAUGGAAUUUUGGAGUACUCUGUUCUUUGGGACUUCCCCCCUAUACAGCAUGUUUGAUUUGUUGGACUGAGAACCAUAUGAAUUUCACGUGCAAUUCAAAAGACUAUUUCACGUGCAAUUCAAAAGAAGAGUCUAACCUCAUGGGUUUGUUCCAUUCAAAAGUGACAUGUUAAGUGUUUGUGACAUGUCUCAUGCUAAAGCGUAGCGCUGUCUAAUGUUUUCCUAAAAGUGUAGUAUAGUAAUAGUAUUGAAAAAGAAGUAUAUUGUCAUGAGCGAUGAGAAUCUAAGAGCCAGAUCUAAUAGACUCAUGAAGAAUGCAUUUUUUCUUGUUUUAAGGGUAUUGUGUUUGUAACUGCAAAUGGAUCACCGAACUAUUACCUCACAAAAAGUACUGGAGCGUAUUCUAUUUGAUGAAAGCGCAGAACCAAAGGCCCUAUCGUUAUCACUUCUGGAGCACAUCACCAAUAGUUUCUCUGAUGACAAAGAAAUUGGCUGUGGUGGCUUUGCAACGGUUUAUAAGGGAGUGCUUGACAAUGGCACUGUUGCUGUGAAGAAGCUUUGCGAUAUGGUUGAUAUGGAUGAGAAGAAAUUCAGCGAAGAAAUUCGUCGUCUGAUGAAGGCAAAGCACAAAAAUAUAGUACGGUUCCUAGGAUAUUGCUCUGACACACAAGGGGAAAUGGUAGACUGCGAGGGAAAACUUGUCUUAGCAGAUGUACGACAAAGGCUACUCUGCUUUGAAUAUCUACCUAAAGGCAGUCUAGAUAAGCACAUCACCGAUGUAUCUUGUGGACUUGAAUGGAGAAAGCGCUACCAAAUCAUCAAUGGAAUUUGUGAUGGUUUAUAUUAUCUUCACCAAAAUCACAUCGUUCACUUGGAUCUUAAACCGGUAAAUAUACUGCUAGAUGAUAAUAUGUUGCCGAAAAUUGCUGAUUUUGGUCUAUCGAGGUGCUUUGAUGAAAAGCAAAGCCAGGCUAUUACAUCAAAACUAAUUGGAACUAUAGGAUAUUUGGCACCAGAAUUUUAUACGCGCAAACAGAUCACAUUCAAGUUAGACAUUUAUAGUCUUGGUAUGAUAAUCAUAGAGAUACUAACAGGAGACAGGGGACAUGCUGAUAUUGACAAUGUACUUGAGAGGUGGAGAAGUAGGUUGGAGAAAUCUCAGGGAGACAGACAACUGGUACAAGUACGAGUAUGCACUGAGAUAGCGAUUGAGUGCGCUGACUUCAACCCGGCGAAACGACCAGAUACUCAGCAUAUAAUUGAUAGGCUCGGCGAAACAAGAAAUGCGGAUGAGUUCGCUACUGAAACUGGGGCGAGUAGUAGUUCAUCAGUAGCAAAGUCAGGAGCUGUGGCCCCUGGUCCCACAAUUGGUCCAGAGAAUACAAUGGCUAAUGAGUUAGAGAAGUUGACAGAAGGACUAUAUGAUAUGACAAAAAACCAGCGUUUCAGUUUGAUGCCCGAUGAUAGCUCUAAUGUGCAGCAAGAAACUGACAUAGGAAACACAUCAUCAGAUGUGGAAGAAUCACUGAUCAUCGGGAGGACUGAAGAAAGAGAUAACAUAGUGGCUACUUUAUCUGGGAGUAUCUCACCCGAGUUCACUGUCCUUCCAAUAUAUGGCUUUGGAGGUAUUGGUAAGACAACGUUAGCCCAACUAGUUUUUGAUGAUGCUCAGUUUGCAGGUUACUCUAAGGUUUGGAUCUAUGUGUCCCAAAAUCUCGUCCUGAAUAAAAUUGGCAACUCUAUAAUAUCACAGCUAUCAGAGGAGAGCCAUGUAGCUGAAAGGCAGAUGAUACAUAUUAAACUCAGAGAGCUACUUGCUGGUAAGAAGAUUCUUAUUGUCUUAGAUGACGUGUGGGAGAAGAAUCCAGAUACACUAAAAUCUCUGAUUGCUAUGUUAAGGGUUGGUGCGGGCAGCAUGGUGACAGUUAUCGUAACCACAAGAGAUGAAGCAAUUGCAAGGGAAAUUUGUCAUACAGUUGAGCCAUACGAGCUAGAGACUUUAACAGAUAAAAUCUGCUGGAAAAUAAUAAAACAGAAAACUGCCUUUAAAGAUCGAGUUGACAAAAACCAAUUGAAGCAUAUAGGAAGGGAGAUUGCAAUCAAAUGUGGGGGUGUGGCCUUAGCGGCUCAAUCACUUGGAUACACGCUGAAGGGGAAGACGCCUGAUGAGUGGGAGUCACUCUGCGAGAAAUAUGUCAUGCAACUUUUGGGGAUGUCCUUCCUUCAGUAUUCAAAGACACCUAUGAAUGAUAGAUGGCGAGACAAAGAUGUUACAGUGUUCACGAUGCAUGACCUAGUGCAUGAUCUCGCAAGAGCAAUCUUGGCCGAUCCAGUAAACAAUAAGGGCAGUGUUGUGGGAAACGGAUGCCUUUAUGCAUUUCUCACAGAUUGUAGCAAGCCAUUGCAGUUAUCCGCGACUUCUUCUGCAAAUAUAAAGGCGUUGCAUUUUCUAGACUCUGGCAAAUUAGAACUCCGUGGUGAUGCCUUUUCACUAGGUACAUGCCUCCGUGUCUUGGAUUUAAGUGAAUGCCUUAUACGGAAGUUGCCAGAAUCUGUUGGUCAACUGAAACUAUUGAGGUUUAUUCGUGCUCCAAGGAUCCGAGAUCAGAUGAUUCCUAAUUGUAUCACCGAGCUCUCAGAAUUAAAUUACCUCAACCUUAGAGGCUCUCAUAAUCUCUCAGCACUGCCGGAGUCAAUUGGUGGUAUGAAAGGUCUGAUGCAUCUUGAUCUAUCAGGUUGCCAUGGAAUACGUGAACUCCCAAAAUCAUUCGCGGAACUGAAGCAGUUGGUGCAUUCACUAGUAGGAAAAGGGGCUUUUACCCCGGUUCAUAAGGGCCUUUAGUCCCGGUUCAGGAACCGGGACUAUGCGAUGGGCGAACGACGGGAAUUGAACCCGCGCAUGGUGGAUUCACAAUCCACUGCCUUGAUCCACUU